AUGGCGCAAUUUAUGCCGCAUCUUCUCAGCGAAUCCACGCUCCGACGCCACGAGGAUUGCGCCGCCGAAAAUGCCAAGCUCGCGGAUUGCUGGAAAGGGCGACAGGUAGUCAUCCUGACCAUAGACUGGGCGGACGGGCAAAUCUACCCCAACUAUCGUGUCAUGCCAAUGAUUCGUCUCAAUAUCCUGUCCCCCGACGAGAAACCCAUCCUCGAUUCUAUCAGCAGUGACAGGCACCCAACGCGACAGUUUUGCAGGCGCUCGGUUCACAUGGUAGAGCAGAAAAAGAAACACACACGGUUCCAGCCAAAUCCGUAUUACAUGAAGGUCGACGAGCAUGAGACAUUUGACUUGCACGACGAGGACGCCAAGAAAAAGGUGCAUGAGUUAUUUGACGGGUUGGCGGCAGAGUAUACAGCUAUAUGUAUUGUCAGCAUUGACGUCCAGGACUCGAUGAAGGCAUUAGGGGUAUUUGGGGCAACACUGGCAUCGUUGCCAUCUAACAUUGUGUUUGUUGAUCUGGUAAAGGUACUGGAGCAUCAAACAAGGGACGGAGAGAUUCCGGAAGAACUUCAGUCCUACACGGACCAAUUUAUUGCGAUGCGGAAUGGCAGAUAUGAUCGCUGCACAGGGCCGGUGGGCAGAUGGCUUGGGUUGACUCAUUUUAGGUUGCUGGAGGUGCUUGGUCCGGCUGCCGAGAGUCGACGGCAAAGCUUCAAGAAGAGCGAGAAAGAAGAUGCGGCAUUGAAGAGGAUAGCAGCGCGAAUGCGAGGCAGGUAA